CUCAAAAAACUUGUAAUCGAGAAUCUAAACAAAAUACAAAGUGUUAAACGAUAAACAGUUUGGAAUAUUUCAUGAACAAUGACCACGAUGGUUGGCUCGUCGUGGGAAGAGUUGCGGAAGCAGGCCCGACUGUUAGAAAACGACAUAGAUGUGAAACUGGUGGCAUUUAGCAAGCUGGGAGUAAGCUCUGGCAGUGCUGGGCUCAGCUCAGAGAGUGUGCCGCUGAUAAACAGUGAUGACAUGUUUGAUACGCUCUCUAUGGAACUACAACAAUUACUUAACAAGUUGUCUUCAAUAAACGAUAAAAUGGCAGACUUGGCUCCAAGUGGCACGGCUACAAUGCACACCAUCAAGAGGCAUAGAGAAAUAUUAAUGGACUACCAACAAGAGUUCUCUAAGACGUCUGCGCGGGUGAAUGCCCGGCGUGAACGCGAAGAGUUACUACGCGGGGGCAGCCCGCCGCCCGCUGCCACCAUCGGCCUGUCCCGCCGUGACCAGUAUACCAAGGAGGCCAACCACUUACACAGUUCCCACAUACUAGUGGACGAACAAAUCAACAUAGCGAUGGAGGCCCGCGAGCACCUCGCGUCACAGCGGCAAACCUUCAAACGGAUGCAAACUACGUUCAAUAACAUCACCAACAGAUUCCCAAUGCUGAACAGUCUGAUAUACCGGAUCAACGCCCGCAAGCGCCGGGACUCGCUCAUCAUAGGCCUUGUGGUGGCAGUCUGCACAUUCUUGUUGCUGCUCUAUGCAUUCCAUUGAGUGCCAGUGUCCAGGGAUUGGUCAAUUUGCUUAGAUACGUCAACUGGGAGAAGUUUGCUAUACUCCAUUUGAGAAGGCUCUAACUAAAGAUAUACAAUCUUGUAAUGUGUUUUUAUUUAAAACUCGGAUUGAAAAUAAAAUAUGGCAAUAAAAAUUACUUAGCAAUUGAUCCAGUUUAAUAUUUAUUUGUAUAAACAGCAAUACCAAGGUAGUGUACCUAUAGUUAGUUGCCUACUCAAAUUGAAUAUAAAAUCGUCGACUAGGAGAGGUCUACUAGUUUUGAAGAGUGACAAGUAGUUCCAAUAGUAACGGGAGUAUGUUAGACAUAUACCCAUUACUAUUUGACCUGAAACUUAAAUUAUAACUUUACUUACAAUAUCUUCCCAUAUCCCAUAAUUAUAACUGUAUUUACUAUAGAGAUCUCUGUAUUGAUUAAAUCACCACUAAAUUAUGUUUUGUAAUACAAUGCAAAUAUUAAUUGUUGUAUAGUAGUCCAUUUUUUUGGUUAUUCGUCAUCUCGACACACUAAACUCACCACGAAUAUGUCCAGUUGGUGAAACUCGUGGUGAGUUUAGUGUGUCGAGAUGAUGAAUAACCGAUUUUUUUAUCAUCAUAUUGAGUAUUUGGUACUUGUAAGUGUUCUGGGAGCACCUAACCACUUUCCUUUUUCAUACUAAAUGUUGACAAUAUUCCGUAAAAAUUCGAUUGGUUACUGUGUAACGAAAUUGAUAUUGUUCAACUUUACUCAACAAGAUGGUUUGUGUUUGUUAUUCUACACUCUGACAUUAAUGUUUUCAAUGCAAGUAAAUUGUUGUUGCAACACUCUCACAGCAAAGCAACUAAAGAAAUAAGAUCAGAGUUGACACAUGGGGGAACUAUUCAUUUGAAGAAAGUUGUGCAACUGUGAACGACAAGAUAAAAUUAAAAUGUCGCAAUAAUUAUACCCACAACGAUUAGCGAGAACUAAAUAAUAUAUCCAUUCCUCUUUUAUUAUGUGACAUUAGCUGUUACAUACAAUUAGUACCAAAAUAUUGUUGCUUUUAUUAUUUCGUAUUUAAAGUGUAGCGUACGUCUAUUAUUAUAUAGGCCUAACAUAUGUUAUAGAUGUUUCAUCUCACGAAAGCAGGGUCAGCUGUAUUUUGUGUGUGUACAUUGUUUUUGUAUGCGUAAAGGCGGGUCUACGCUAGACGAACCGAGCACGAGCGAAGCACAAGCAGAGCCGUCGUUCGAGGCGUCAAGUGUGGACGUACAACGAUCACUGUUCUCGAACGUAGUUUUCCGCAGUGAGUUAAUGGCUCUUGGCGAAUUUGGUCGAUAUUAAUAAUAUUGCAGUAGCCGCUGCUGUUGCAGCCAACCAAGCCCUUUUUAUAAAGGGGGUCACAAGGGUAAAACCGACAACAGGCGGAACGCAACCGAGCACGGACGAAAUGCUCGCAGCGAAGAGGCUUGUAAGUUGGUUCACACUAGACGAAUUGUGUUCGGCUCGUGCUCGGCUCUCCUAGCGUAGACGCAGAUUUAGCUCAAGAGAGCUCAGCAUUGACGGAGUCACAGUCAUACAAAAAUGUUGUAUAUGGUGUGUGCACAUUCACACACACAAGCGUGGUUCACCCGCUUUCGUAAGAUACAAUACCUAUAUUAUAAAGUAAUUAUAGAUAAAUAUAUGUAAAUAACUAUCCUUUAUCAAAUAAAAAUACAAUUUAUUUUAACAA